CAGAUAGCACUUACUUACUGACUUGUAUAGUCGUAUUGCGCGGGACAAAAAGCCCCAAUUUUGAACCAAUUCGAGAAAAUAGAAAACCCUAGAAACCAGAUUUCAUGGAGAGAUCAGUGGCAACGUUAGAUAAAGGCACCAUCUGUUCUUCAUGGAACUACUGUGGCCAAAGAUUAGCCACUGGUUUGAUUGACGGAACAGUAACAAUCUUCGACACCAAUGAUCCAGCUUCUUCCUUCUUCACCUCCACCUUCAAAUUCAAGGUUAAUGGUGGGAGUGUUGUAAAAGUUGUGUGGGUUCCUCCAGAGUAUGGCGAUGCAAUAGCAUGCAUAUGUUCCAAUGGAAGUUUGUCAAUUUGGGAAGAGGUAGCACAAGAUAGUGAGCAUGUUCAGUGGAAGCAAUGCACUAGCUUUGGGGGACCUUUGGAUCAAGUUCUAGAUAGUCAAUUUGGGGACUCUCUUUCCAGUUUGAAAUUGACAAUUGCUUAUUCAAAUGGCCUUCUAAAAGUCUAUGAAAUCUUAGAUUCAAUGGAACUGGACAACUGGCAACUUCAGGCUGAAUUUCAGAAUGUUACGGAUUCAGUAACUAAAUUUGGAAAUGCUUCAUGUUCAUCCGCUUCUAUUUCUUGGAACCCGCAAAGAAGUGAAACCCGCCCUGCAAGUUUUGUGGUGGGUUUCAACUCUGAUACUCCACAAUUAAAUUCUCCCAAGGUAUGGGAAUUUGAUCAUGAUCAUCAGAGAUGGCUUCCAGUUGCAGAGCUAGCAGAGCCCGAUGAUAACGGUUAUCGUGUAUGUGCUCUCGCAUGGGCUCCAAACAUCGGAAGGCCAUAUGAGUUGACAGCCGUUGCAACGUCCAAUGGAUUAUCAAUAUGGAAAAUGGCAUCAAACCCUGACCAUAAUGGAAGGCUUUCAGUUGAGAAAGUUGUCACGUUUCCUUGCCAUGACAAUGAGGUGUGGCAGAUGGAGUGGGAUAUGAGCGGAAUGACACUGGCAACUUCAGCGACUGACGGAAGGGUGAGAUUGUGGCAGUCAAACCUUAACGGAAUUUGGCAUGAACAAGCGGUAAUUGAACCUGCCACAUAAGCAUGCUUUAAUGUAUUCAUCACUAAUGUUAUUAAAAAAAUCUCAUUAUUUUUCAACAUGGAAAAAAUGGGUUUGGAUGCUUCUGUUGUACGGAGACAAUUUAUUGACGCUAGUAAGCAUCUCUAUCUGCAACUAUUGGCAGUUCAAAAAUUAAUGCUACAUUAUUCAUGUCCGUUUUUUUUCUCGUUGGUGUUUCCCGUGACUAUAAUGUUCCUAUAAAUCAGAUUAAAAAACCCGAAUUGUUAAACGGGCUAAAAUCCUGUGGAUCAGCGGGAAAAGCCAAUGGAGAAUUUGUAGCUGAAGCAGUGGUUGAGAUCCUUCCCGACAGAUUUGGGUCGUCGUAAUGCUGAAAGUCAUUUCCCCAUUCUGUGAAGUAGUUUGACCCCGAA